CGAACUAUCAGCCUCAUCCUACCUUUGGCUUGCUUACGACUCAGCGUCUUUUCCCCCCUACUUUUCAGAACUUUGUUACGGUGACGCGGCUUCGUCUUUUUGUGACGAAGGGCGGAAGCAAAGAGAGCCAUGGAUAUUAGCGGGUUUUCACGCUGGAGCCCUUUUCGUUGGCAUGGUUUGCGUGGCCUGCCGACCGUGGAAGACAGGGUCGAUGCUCUAGUGGACGCGGGUGCGAAUGCGACGCCCGUGACCACGCCGAAAUCGAAGCCGAAAUCGACGUCGAAAUCUAAGACUUGGGAGACUGCGAUUGAGAAGAUUGAGAGUUGGCCUGAGGAAGCUCGGCCAUUGAAAGCCCAUACCUGGUUAAAAUGGCUCUAUGCAUUGGGAGACAUCUUGCUCGUAUUGCUGCCGCUGUACUUCAUCCUUCUUGGUGUUGCCGUGAUCACCCUGAAUGGGAAACCAACUCAAGACUCGGCAUUCGGGUCUAAGGUGGAAACGGCUAUGGACCUUGGUCCAACAAUGUUUCCUAUCGUGUUCGCUGCCAUAACCGGAAGAAGUAUGAAGAUGAUUGCGCGGUUUCUCGCGGAAAGAGGGUCUAGAAUCAGCACACUGGAACUGCUCAUGGCAAGCCAGUCUGUUUGGGGCACCUUCGAGAGUCAACUGCUGCUACAACGACUUACAGUUGUUGGUGUGAACCUUCUCUUCCUGUGGGCUCUUUCGCCACUGGGUGGCCAAGCAUCACUUCGACUCAUGACAAGAAGUCUGAGAGCUUCUCAUACAUCUGGAAAACUUCGAUACAUGACUACCGGCCCAGCAGCAACUAUGUGGGGGCUGUCGUCAACCUAUAUCGGCAGUGGGAAGUUUGCUGAUGCCGGAGCUCUCUAUACCGCAGCACUAUUGGCACCACUGUCCACGAAGCUAGGAACUCAAGAUCCCUGGGGUAACAUCAAGAUACCCAGUUUGCAGUCAGUUAACUCGUCGUCGCCUGAUUCCAAUGGCUGGUAUACGGUACCUAAGGAUGCAUCAUCGCCGGAGGACUAUUCUUCUCUAGUCGGUCUUCCCCUUGUUGGCCUUCCGUCCCGCGACAGCUCAAGCUUCAAUCUCCAGUACACGUACCUGUCGCUAGACUGUCAGCCCUUUACACAAGCGCCUUACCCUGGCGUGAACGGCUCAGAUAAUUACUAUACCACUAACUACACUAAGUUGGAAGAUUUGGCGCCUGGCCAAGUAUGGUUCGAAAAAGAGGAGGAUGAUCCAUUCGGCAAUCCCAUGGGAGAUCGCAACUCUUUCUUCAUGGAUACAACCCGGAGUUUCCCAUGGGGUAUGAAAGUCGGAGACGACCAGGACCUCUUCAUGGGUCGUCUAAACGGUUUUUUUGGCAACUACAAUACCUCCAUCCUGCCCGAAAAAGAGCUUACCAUGAACCGAGAGCUUCUCUUUGUCUCGCAAUACGCAACAACCCAUGGUGGCAACGAAAUUGGACUAAACAUUGCGACAUGCUCUUUGUCUCAGACUCACGUUGAAGCAUUCGUGCAAUGUAAAGGGAACACUUGUGCCACAACCAAGCUCAGGAAAUCGCUGCAAGAUACUCGUUCCACAUCGCUCACUGGGUUCGAGCAUGGUACGAUCAUGUUCGCGUUUGCGAAACAGUUUCCUCGCGCAGUAAAGUUCACGACUGGAUCGAGCCCGACCGAACACUUCUUGGCUAACACUUCUGCCUUUCCAUUCGUGCAGCAAGUGGGCCACUUCUCUAGCGAUGUUAUGUUUACGAACCUUUCACUGGUGUCCCCCGAUGUGUUCUCGAAAAGACUCGGUCUGGUAAUGAACACCUUCUAUCAACUGAGUGUUCAGCCGACAGGCUAUUUUGGUAGCUUACCUCAAAACCUAUCACUUUACGGACCAGACACAGAUACAUUCGACGACAUUAAUGCCUACCUGCCGAAGAACUUGACGGUCACCGAGCAUACCUUCAGCGACUGGUACACUACCUUUGAACAACGGAUACAGGACAUUGAAUCGCCAUUCGUUGCAGCGACAACAUCAGCCAUUAUCACCGCUACAGAACAAAUUUUUGUCUGCAACUUUGCUUGGCUUGCACUCCUGCUUGCCGCAUCCAUGAUCACCCUCUUGACAGGUGGUGUGGCUUUAGUCUUGAAGUGCAGGACUUUAGGACCGGAACUCUUUGGAUUCGUUACCAGCAUGACCUAUGAGAAUCCUUGGGUCAAGGUACCCGAUGGAGGGACUACGCUAGAUGCGAUGGAAAGAGCGAGACUCCUGAAAGAUCUUGAGGUAUACGUUGCCGAUGUGCGCGGCAGUGACAAAGUCGGUCACAUUGCUCUGGCUGCGGGCGUGCCAAUGCGCAAGUUAGAACGAGAGCGGCUCUAUUGCUGAAUUCGGCUGCAGCUCAAUGCCGCAUGGAUCGAGGAGACAUGCCACACCCGCUCCACAUGCCGUCGUGGCGCAGCAUACUCAGCCAUUGCACGGCAGGCAAGAAACAGGAGGACUCCGAAAAGAUCGAGACUUCGCAGACCCUGUAGCAUGCUGACUUGAUCAUCGCAUUUCUAUAGGA